GCUGCGCGCACGCAGUAACGCUGUGCUAGGUGCUUGUCUCCUGACACUGCUGUCUGUCCUUCGCUAUGGCUGUCGUCAGGGCUCUGGUGGCGCCGAGGCUGCUUUCUGCUUUUGCACCGCUCUCGGCGCGCCACCAUGCUCCCUCCCAGCGCGCAGCCCUUCACAGCUCCGCACCGCGGCCCGGGGCCAGGGUGGCAUUGGUGCUGUCGGGCUGCGGAGUCUAUGACGGAACCGAGAUCCACGAGGCCUCUGCGAUCCUGGUUCACCUGAGCCGAGGUGGGGCUGAGGUCCAGAUCUUUGCUCCUGAUGUCCCUCAGAUGCAUGUGAUUGACCACACCAAGGGAGAGCCUUCUGAGAGCGAAAGCAGGAAUGUUUUGGCAGAAUCAGCAAGAAUUGCCCGAGGCAAGAUCACCAACCUGGCCCAGCUCAAUGCUGCCAACCAUGAUGCCGCCAUAUUCCCUGGAGGCUUUGGAGCUGCCAAAAACCUGAGCACGUUCGCUGUGGACGGGAAGGACUGUAAGGUUAACAAGGAAGUGGAGCGCGUCCUGAAGGACUUCCAUGGGGCCAAGAAGCCCAUCGGCUUGUGCUGCAUCGCACCUGUUCUCGCCGCCAAAGUGAUCAAAGGCGUCGAGGUCACCGUGGGCCACGAGCAAGAGGAGGGUGGCAAGUGGCCUUACGCUGGAACUGCAGAAGCCAUCAAAGCCCUGGGUGCCAAGCACUGUGUGAAGGGUGUGACCGAAGCUCAUGUAGACCAGAAAAACAAGGUGGUCACGACCCCGGCCUUCAUGUGUGAGACGGCGCUCCACCACAUCCACGACGGCAUCGGGGCCAUGGUGAAGAAGGUGCUAGAGCUCACGGGGAAGUAAUGCCGCCUGGGCCACACUCGGCCUGUCUGGGCUCCGUUCAGCCAGGACACAGGAGUGCCUUUGUGUUAGAAGCAUAGACGCUUUCUGCCUGAAGAAGGAGCUUUGCCUCCGUCCAUGCUGGGCUUGACCCAGCUCCUUCCACCAGCAGUAAGCUCAGAACCCCUCCAUGGCCCCAAGCAGCAGCAGGGCUUCAGUGGAGGGGGGCUUGCCUCACUUGUGUGUUCCCUUUGGAAGGUCCAAGUGCACCUUUUCCAGAGGAUCUGGUUGAAGCACUUAUGUUCUGCAAUCCUGGAUCAGAUGGACUGGGGUACUUCAGUUUUGUUGUUGUUGUUUGUUUUGUUUUGUUUUUUUGAGACAGGGUUUCUCUGUGUAGCUUUGCACCUUUCCUGGAACUCACUUUAUAGACCAGGCUGGCCUCGAACUCAGAGAUCCGCCUGGCUGGGAUUAAAGGCGUGUGCCACCACCGCCCAACAAAAAUUUUUUUUGUUUUGUUUUGUUUUGUUUUCAAAACAGGGUUUCUCUGUAUAGUUUUGGUGUCUGUCCUGGAUCUCGCUCCAUAGACCAGGCUGGCCUCGAACUCACAGAGAUCCACCUGGCUCUGCCUCCCGAGUGCUGGGAUUAAAGGCCUGUGCCACUGCUGCCCGUACUUAAGUUUUAAAAAAAGAAAACAGUUUAGGUUUUCGUUACCAGACCAGUCUGAUAAUCAGAAUACCUUGUGUACGGAUAAAGAAAAGUUCUUUCAUCCAAAGUAAACACAUGCUGACUAAAGCCAGGGAAAUUCCGUAGCAGGCAGUCCCUGUAGCCACAGAAUAAACUCCUUUCCACACUGGAAACUACUUUCAA